CGAGCCUCAGGAUGUUCCAAGGGAAAUAGAAGUCAGAAUCAGAGGCUCUACCCCACACCCCAGUGAUGGGCCCCCCAGUGCACUGUCUGUUGGCUGGCCUGUGCAUGGGGGUGGUCUUAGGCUGGGUAGGAGGCUCAGUCCCCAGCCUGGGCCCAGCUGAACAGGAGCAGAACCACUACCUGGCCCAGCUGUUUGGCCUGUAUGGAGAGAACGGGACACUGACUGCAGGAGGGCUGGCCCGGCUUCUCCACAGCUUAGGGCUGGGCCGAGUUCAGGGCCUUCGCCUGGGACACCAUGAGUCUCCAACGGGGCGGGCUGCAGCCCCCAGUGACCACAAUUUCACAGACAGGCUCCAGGAACCGGAGCUGAGUGUGAAUGUCUGGGCAGGAAUGCCUCUGGGUCCUUCAGGCUGGGGUGACUUGCAGGAGCCAGAGACCCAUGACCUGCCCCAUGAGCCGGGGCCCUCCGGUCUAGACCUCUUUCACAGGCUUCUGCUGCUGGACCAUUCGUUGGCUGACCAUCUGAAUGAAGACUGUCUGAAUGGCUCCCAGCUGCUGGUCAAUUUUGGCCUGAACCCUGUUGCUCCUCUGACCCCUCGUCAAUUUGCUCUGCUAUGUCCAGCCCUGCUGUAUCAGAUUGACAGCCGUGUUUGCAUCAAAACCCCAGCUCCAGCACCUCCAGGAGACAUACUGCCUGCCCUGCUUCAUAGUGCCCUGGCAGUCCUGUUGCUCAGCCUCCCUGCUCCCCUCUCCCUGCUGCUGCUGAGGUUCCUGGGACGCGGUCUGUUGCGGCCGGUGCUAGGAUUCCUGGGGGCCCUGGCCGUGGGCACCCUUUGUGGGGAUGCAUUGUUACACCUGUUACCACAUGCACGAGGGGGGCGACACACAGGACCUAGUGAGCAACCAGAAGAGGACCUGGGUCCGGGACUCUCAGCGCUUGGCGGCCUCUUCCUGCUCUUCGUGCUAGAGAACACGCUAGGACUUGUGCGGCACAGAAGGCUCAGGCCAAGAUGCUGCAGGAACCAAAGGGCUCCUGAAGAACCAAACCCUGACCCAGAGGACGGCAGUGGGAUGGUCCUUCGACCCCUACAGGCAACUUCAGAGCCAGAGGUUCAGGGCCAGAGGGAGGACAGCCAGCCCCCACCGGCUCCAGCCGCUCCUCGGCACCAAGGUCACAGCCACCAGCACCAGGGUGGCAGCAGUACCAGUAUCGCCUGGAUGGUUCUCCUGGGAGACAGCCUGCACAACUUCACUGAUGGGCUGGCCCUAGGUGCCGCCUUCUCUGACGGCUUCUCCAGCGGCCUCAGCACCACCCUGGCUGUCUUCUGCCACGAGCUGCCCCACGAACUGGGUGACUUCGCAAUGCUGCUUCAGGCAGGGCUGUCCUUCCGGAGGCUGCUGCUGCUAAGCCUGGUUUCUGGAGCCCUGGGACUGGGCGGCGCAGCCCUCGGGGUGGUGCUCAGCUUGGGCCCCGCUCCCCUCACUCCCUGGGUGUUUGGGGUCACGGCUGGGGUCUUCCUCUAUGUGGCCCUUGUGGAUAUGCUAGCAGUCCUGCUCCGCCCUCCUGAGCCCCUGCCUGUGUUCCAUGUGCUCCUGCAGGGGCUGGGGCUGCUGCUGGGGGGCAGCCUCAUGCUUACGAUAGCCCUGCUCGAGGAGCAGCUACUGCCCGUGGUUCCUGAUGGCUGACGGGGGCCAGUGGCAAAGGAUCCAGGCUGCCCUUCCUCCCCCCAACCAGAGGAACGGAGGCGGGACACCGGGCCAGUAGGAGCAACAGGACUUUAAUAAACAGAACCCGUCCCAAA